AACCCGUUAAACGCUACUCUCAAUAUAUUUGAAUUUCCCAUCAUGAUGCAAACCAUCACGACCACCCAGGAAUUUUACAGGACUUGUGUAGUUGCUGUUGGCACGUUUUUGAAUUGUAUCGUCAUCUUAGUGGUGACCAGUUCGCAGCAAUUGCGCUAUCCACGGCACAUUUUUUGGGCCGCCAUUUCGUUUUCUGAAUGCCUCUUUUUGGUCCAGUGCGCUCUCGAAUUGGCCGUUAUCGUCAAUCACGAUCAGCUGGCCUGUCAAGUGUUUGUUCUCAUGUGCAGCGUCGAUUAUUCCGUGCUGUUGCUCUGCAUUUUGCUGGCCGCUUUGGAUCGUUACUUGUCCAUUGUCCGCUACGAAUGGUACAAGAAGAACGUCACCGUUCGCAACGUGAUCGUGUUAAUUUCGACGACCUCGGCAUUGACGUUGGUGAUAGUUACCAUUCCAUUUUGGACGGGUUAUCAAUCCAUUUAUACUUGCACGGAGAAUUUGAUUCAUUUGCAUUGGGUGCUCGCGUGGGAUCUCGUUUUGGGCACUGUCUGCGUCGUCCUCCAUUUCAAGAUUUUCGUUGAAACUAAGACGAUUAUUCGGCAAUAUUUGCCCUGCUAUCGACACAAACCCAUCACGGUCAGGUUCGUGACGGCACCUGUCCGAACAUCUGUAGCCAGUUCUGGGCCGAGAAGGGAAACAUCACCGAUAGGCGAAAGAGUUUUAUUUGCUUUUCCCGAAAUCCCUUCUUCCGUUAACUGUGCUGAUGGAAAUGCGUCUCAUUCGCAUUCGGCGGAUGCUCAGUUGGCUUUGUCCAUCGACCAUUUGGGGGCCGGUUGUUUUCCCUGGAUGCAAAGCCGUUCGAAAAUCAGUCGGCUUGAAGUUCAAGCUGCUCUCAAUAUGUCCGUCAAUGUCCUGCCGUUCUGUUUGUGUACGUUUCCUGUGUCCAGUUACGCCAUUGGUCUUUAUUGGUGCAUCCGCCUGGAAGGAGAUUGCAGCGCGAUUUUGCGGACAUGGCCUUACAUGUGGAAUUUUUUCUUAUUGCACAGCAUCUACAAUCCGGUCAUGUACAUGUUAAGUAGUUCCGAAUUUCAAAGGGCGAUUCUCCAUACCAUAAGGAAAUUGAUUAACAAAUGUCAGUUGCAGGCUACAGGAAAUUGAA